AUGGCGCAUCGAGAUGCGUCCAAACCCCAGAUUGACCGUCAAGCUACAACGCCCUUCCACCUGAAACUCUUCUACCGACUGAACGCUUUCCACUCACUAUCCGACUUUGCAGUCUCAUCCUCCUCUUCCUAUGGUGGCCCUACCAGCGGCCCCAAUGCCAUCAGAACGCGUUCCCCACCCCCCACACAGCGACUGCCAUCACACCUCGAGAUCUACACCUGGCAGUCCUGCACGUUACGAGAACUGACCCAGCUCCUCACCUCGGCUUUACCAUCUCUUCUCCCUGACCCGGCUGUUGGGACUCGCAUAUGCUUCCGGUUGAUCUACCCCGACACCAAGGGUGCGGCGACCAUUGGCGGGGACGCAAGAGGCCGAUAUCUGAGCAAGGACAUGGGCAGUGUGGUCGUGGGGCCGAAAGACGGUCCCUAUCGAGGAGAGAAUGAAGAUGAGCGCGCGAAGAGUACGGGGGCAGGGCCCCGGGGCGCUCUCCGGUUCCAGGGUAACGAUGCCGACAAGACGCUCCAGGACAUGCGAUUCGUUAUUGGGGAUUAUGUGGACUGCGCGAUCCUUCCGCCGCUCGAGGAUGGCUCCGUUGCACCGCCGCUGAUUACUGGUCGCGGACCGGUGGGCGGUACUAUUGGAGGAGGCAUGAGAGCGUUCCGGGACAAUGGGUUUGGACGACCUGGUCGUGGUGGGAGGUUGGAUCGGGCCAUUCCCGCGGGUGAUUGGAGACGUGGGGAGAAGCUUCCAGAUGGAGGAGGACGCAGUUACGGUGGAGGACCUGGAAGAAGAGGCUGGGCGCCGUAUUAG